AUGACCCAGAGGCUGUGCAUGCAGAUGGUGGCGGGCGCCCUGGGCCUGGCCCUGCUCCUGUCCCUGCAGCUCACGUCGUUAAUCUUCACCCUGCCAUUCUGCGGACACCGCCGGGAAAUCAACCACUUCCUCUGUGAUGUGCCUCCAGUCCUGAGCCUGGCCUGUGCUGACAUCCACGUGCACCAGGCUGUCCUCUAUGUCGUUGGCAUCCUCGUGCUGACCAUCCCCUUCAGCCUUAUUUCCAUCUCGUACGUGUUCAUCACCGCCGCCCUCCUGCGCAUGCGCUCUACCCAGGGCCGCCGCCGCGCCUUCUCCACCUGCUCCGCCCACCUCACCGUGGUCCUGCUGCAGUACGGCUGCUGCGCCUUGGUGUACCUGCGUCCCCAGUCCAGCUCCUCGGUGGAUGAGGACCGCCAAAUCGCCUUGGUCUACACCUUUGUCACCCCCUUACUCAACCCUUUGAUUUAUACCCUUAGGAACAAGGAUGUCAAAGGUGCUUUGAGGAAUGCCAUCGUCUGUCGUCAGUAGAGCAGCCUCUGAAACCAAUUGAAGGUUUGGGGGAACUGGGGUGGGUGUCG